GCAGCGGGAGGCACGAGGUCGGUUUGAAUGAGGGGCGUGCUGGACUGAGUUAAACAGAUAGCGAACAAAAAACUCCAAACGUCGAACUGAAAAACGGAUGGUGAAGAAGAGCUGAGUGCGGCGCAGAGCGGCCAUUUCCUGCUGAGGAUCAGUUGUGGGAUCGUCUGUGAACUCCAGCCUCCUGCUGGGCCCACAAGUUGACCUCACCACCAGUUCACCCAUCACUCUGGUUGUGAAGAGGAGCGGUCUCCAUUAGAAGAAAUGGAGCAUCGAGGCAAAACGCUGGAGGCUUAUUUCAACCCCAAAGUCCUGCUGCAUAGAUUAGAUGCUCAGCAGAUGUUGCUGCUUAAAGAAGAUGCUCCUGAAGAACAUGGUCCAGGUCUUGAUCUACAACGUCCAGAGUCUCUCCCACCAACCAUGAAUGAGGAUGAUGAAGAGUUUCUCCUGUCUUCUCACCUUCAUCAGCACCACAGAGAGUUACCAGAAGAUCACUGUGAAGCAGCAGAACCUAUCAGAAAGCAAGAUCAUGGAGAUUAUUCUAACUCAUCAGAGACUGAACACAUUGAGGAGGAAGAAGAGGAGGAAGAAGCUGAUGUAAAUAAUGUUUUCUGUCAUCUUGAACAAUUGCCAGAUUGCAGACCAAAUAGUAAAUACAGGGGAAAUGACAACAAGGUGAGCCAUUCAACUGAAGGUUCUCCAAACUCUGAGGGUAAAAUGAAAUCCUUUACUUCAAAGAAAACCCUAGACUCAAUGAGGAAAGUUCAGGUUGAAAUGAAGUUUAGCUGUGAUGACAAUGGUAAAACAAAUCCAACAUCAAAAAGACAUGCAAGAACCCUAGCAGGACAUGAACAUCUCUGUAAAUUGUGUGGCCACACAUUUAAAAACAGAAGAAACUUAGACACACACAUGAGAAUCCACACAGGAGAGAAACCUUUCAGUUGUGAUCUUUGUGGAUACAGAUGUAACCAAAAAUCAAAUUUAAAUGUACACAUGAGAAUCCACACAGAGGAUAAGCCUUUCAGUUGUGAUCUUUGUGGAUACAGAUGUAGCAGAAAAUCAAGUUUAAAUGUACACAUGAGAAUCCACACAGAGGAUAAGCCUUUCAGUUGUGAUCUUUGUGGAUACAGAUGUAGCAGAAAAUCAAGUUUAAAUGUACACAUGAGAAUCCACACAGGAGAGAAACCUUUCAGUUGUGAUCUUUGUGGAUACAGAUUUAGCAUAAAAUCAAGUUUAAAUGAACACAUGAGAAUCCACACUGGAGAAAAACCUUUCAGUUGUGAACUUUGUGGAUACAGAUUUAGCAUAAAAUCAAGUUUAAAUGAACACAUGAGAAUCCACACUGGAGAAAAACCUUUCAGUUGUGAACUUUGUGGUUAUCAAUGUAGUCAGAAAUCACAGUUAAACAAGCACAUGAGAAUCCACUAAAGAUAAACAUUCUAGUUGUGAUAUUUUAGGCACAGGAAAUGAGGAUCAUAUUUUAAAUGGAAGACUCUAAAGAAAAAUAUUCUUCUGUUGUGUGUUGAAGUCUGUAAACAAGAGAGUGGAAAUUGAUUUAAACAGCAAUGUUGCAGUGUUUAUUGUGGAGAAUUCUGGUGCUAUUAAAAUUUUUUGUUGUGUUUUUGGAUGCAUCUCUUCCACUUUUGGUUUGAUUUUUUUUAUAAAUAUUUUAUUGAAUACACUAGGAAUUUUCUGUUAUAUAGCUAGAAAUGUGAUUUCUCACUGAGUUGUUACUAAUAAAUCAAAUGUAUUUUCUUUACUGAUUUUUUGUUACUGCUGCAGAGACAGCUGUGCUACAGAUGUUCUCUAAUCAUGUUAACUGCUUUAUUAGAUGAUGAUUCUGCCUGUUGUAUGUUCAAUAAAGUAAAGUGACAAAAUA